AUGUUGUUUAGCAUGGAUUUUCAGAGUGCAAUGGAAACCUUCGCUGAAGCUUGGGUAGCCGCCAGCACUGGAGAACAGACACAAGCCCUUGCUCUAACACGCACCAAGUCGCCGAAGAAAGAUUCGUCGAUGCCAACAUCCCCAUCGCACACCGGUGGACGCGAUUCGGAAAUGGCCAGCCCGAAGGGUCCCUCGUCCGCGGUGGCCAACGUUUCCUCCGCCAGUAGUAACAGCAGUUCCGCCGAGCCUCCGGUAGAGCGGGCCCACUCCAUCUCGUCCGACGGCGGAAACGGCUCCUCCAGCGUCAACCACGCACUCGGCACGCAGAAUUCGGCAGCGUCGAGUAAUGGCGCGUUGGCCGGAGCGUCCACUUCCACCGGCUCCAGUUCGCAAGCCAACGCCGGACAGGGCGUUCGGGAUCUCGGGGCAGCUCUACAUCCGGCCAUCAGUGUGUCUCAGUCCCUGCUGGCCGCCGCAGCCACCGUCAGCCGCUCGGUUACGCCGCGUAUAAGCGUUUCCACGUCUCUGACGGCGCCAGAAAAUGGUCCCAGCGCAGGCAACGGACCGAGCGGGCACCCGGGUUCGGCCGGACCCCUUCAGACCAAUCCCUCCAACGGGCCCGGCGUAGACCGAGCGAUUCUACAGUCUCCGGUGGCCGCCGUCGCUGCAGCCGCCGCCGCCAUGCAGGACCGGAAGCAGGACUUUGAUUUCAGCAAAGUUAACGCAAAAUCCUUACCGCUUCACUGCGUCGUCGAGUCCGUCAGUUCGUUGCAGGCGACGCUCAACUUCGACACCCGCAGCCCGUGGAAGCGACGGCCCAACAUCGAAACGGAUAGCUACGUCAUCAUCCCGGCAGCGACGCCAUUUUGUGAUAUCGUAACGACCGCCCUGCAGCGGCUCGGCUACUCCACAGAGAUCUCCAAUGCUGCUAGAGGCUCCAUAUCGAUUAAGAACUGGAAGUCCCUCUCCCUCGAUGCCAUCUCGGACAAUCCGCUCGUGUCGGUCAGCGACAUUCUUGGCGAGUUGACGUCGGUGGUUACGCUCAAGAUAACGAUCCUGCGCAACAAGCCGUCCCAGCUGGCGGAAAUCAAGGAUAAGCUGCUGAAGCUGCUCAUUCUACAAUCGCACGCACUGCUGCGAUCGACCGGCUGUCCGCUGGAUGAGAUAACACUAUCGCAAAUAUGUCGCAGUCCGCUGCAGAACACCUUCCCCUUUACGCCGGAGAUUACCGACGAGACGCGGCGCAACUUCGACCAGUGGUGGAGCAACCAGCUCGCCCCCCAGCCGAACCCGAUCGCUCACAAGAUCCUGCCGUUCGCAAACCCACCGCAAAACGAUCACCUCGAUUUCCCCGGUCACGGUGGGUUCCCUGGACUGCACGCCGGAAAGCGGGACGCUGGGCUGCUCGAGGCAGGGGCUGGAGCGCACCAUCCCAACCCACACCACAAUCUGGUGGUGCAUCCGGCCCUGCAGACCGUCCACUCGCAGUACCCGAACCAGAAGACGCGCAUGCGUACCAGCUUCGAUCCGGAGAUGGAGCUGCCUAAGCUGCAGCGCUGGUUCCAGGAGAACCCGCAUCCGUCACGGCAACAGAUCCAAUCGUACGUGGUCCAGCUGAACUCGCUCGAAUCGCGCCGAGGCCGAAAGCCGCUGGACGUGAACAACGUGGUGUACUGGUUCAAGAAUGCUCGGGCGGCACAGAAACGGGCCGAAAUGCGCCAAGGAAUGACCAACGGGUUCGGUACGCCCAGUAUGAUGCUCUCGCAGGCCGACUACAUGAAGAGCUCGCCGAGUGCACCCUCGGAGGACAUCGACAAUCUGUCGCAGGACGAGAUGGAUGACGACCUGGAUCGGCCCAUGUCUCCCCAGUUGCCACUGUCGUUGACAAUCCACGAGCGGAAUCAUCCACUAACGCCCUCCGACCAAACUCCUAUCAAGCAGGAGCACAACUCUGGUCCCAGUAGUCCUCCACCGUCGCCCACGCCAAACCAUGUGCUCAACUCGAGCUCCUCGGUGGGCAGCAAUAACAACAACAACCAUGGGUCCACGAACAGCAACAGCAACAAUGGUGCAGGGUUGAACACGAGCAGCAAUAACAACAACGGAAACAACGAAUCCGCCAACGAUUCGGCGAUUGUGAACGACGAACCCAAGUCGAACUACUCCAACGAGCGAAGCAGCUCACCGCAGCGUUCGUCCCGUUCGCCCGCCUCCGAGGACCUGGACAUGGACGAGCCGGACGUGAGCAACCUGGACGACUACCGGUCACCGUCGCCCGACUCCAAGCGGCAGCUGCCAUUCGCCAUGAACAACCCGAUGCUGUCGCACUCGAUCAUGUACAUGUCGCACUACAUUCCCGCCAUGCAGGGUGCCGCCGGUAUGCACCUGAAGAGCGAGUUCAGCCCGGGUGCACACGGGGCCCUCGGGCAGGGUGGACUCAACCUGUCGUUCAACAGUGACGAGCGGCGGAAGCGUAACCGGACGUUCAUCGAUCCCGUCACCGAGGUGCCGAAGCUCGAGCAGUGGUUCUCGAUGAACACGCACCCAUCGCACAACCUGAUCCUGAAGUACACCGAAGAUCUCAACCGGAUGCCUUAUCGCCAAAAGUUCCCCCGUCUCGAGAGCAAAAACGUGCAGUUCUGGUUCAAGAAUCGGCGCGCCAAGUGCAAGCGGCUCAAGAUGUCCCUCUACGAUCCGGCCCAGCUAGCCAACCUGGGUGACCAGGCCCAUCUGGCCGCCCUGCACGAUGCGCCGCACCUGUCCAGCUUGCACGAUACGGCCCAGCUGCAUCCAUUCCACCACGCCGAACGGGACUAG